AUGGACUAUGAAGAAUACUUCAGGACAAAGCAUCCGGUGUAUACGAACAUCUCUGCACAGUUCACAGGGAUAGGGCAUCUCAUAGUGGAUGGAGGGGCUCUUAUAAGCAGUAUCAGCAAGAGAUAUGGGGUUAGCUAUGAGAGUCUUCCUCUACAUACAUACAUCCAUGGGAUCCGAUUUAUGAUGUCGAACCUACAGAAGGUUGGGUUUGAUAACAUCAUGAUGUUUUUCCGGGCAGAGUCUGGGCACAGAAGGGUUAUCAAGGAAUGUUUGAUGAGAAGAUUUGAUUGCAUGGACAUUUCAAAGGUUUAUGAGUACAUUGAGAAUGAAAGAGUUGCUCUUGUUCUUGGAGGGACUGAGAAGGGCGAGCUUGAGUUCCUGUACGAAUGUCUUGGAAUUAGCCUGUACUGUGGGGUUCUAGAUCAGAUGGAAUUUAGGAUCCCGAGUGUCUAUGCAUUUGUCUAUUCUCCUCUUGACCGUAAGACCGGGAGGAAGGCCACGAAACCUUUAGACGAGGAAAGCGAUGAAGGAAGCGACGGGGAUGUGGACACGGAAAUUAAGAAGAUUAAUGCAGAAAUGAGCAUUGAGACAAUUGACAGAUUGUUCAAGACAAGAACCAAGAGUUUUGGGCCUUGCAAGCUUUCGGUGCCUAUGGAAUUAUGCAGAAAGCUUGUCUGGAUGUUCAGGAAUGAAAGUCCUGAGAGGACCAUGGACUUUGAUGGGAGGCUUCUUCUUGGGGAAAUGGAGAUGGGAGAAGAUCCAAAGUGUAUGGAAUAUCAAGACUUGAUUGGAAACAACCACAGGGAUAUUGAAAGUAAAAAUCUCGAGAUGGAAUUAGACUUGCUUAUAAGUGGAAAGGAGGUGAGCCCAGCAUCGGCAGCAGCACAUAUGAAGAAUGUAAGAAAGUCAGCACAGUCUCUGUUUGACGGGAAGCUAUUAUACACUCCGAUUGUCAGGACCAAGGGAGGGAAGCCUCCUAAAAUAUCACAGAAGCAAAAGCAAAUUAUAGAAGAAAAUGAGAAAAGAAUGAAGGAAGAAAGAAAAGUAAAGGAGGCAUCUUGGCUCCGGAACUUUUUUGGAAAGUACAAGGUUCUUGACUACCAAGGAAAGAGAAGUCUGUUGGAAAGCGUCAAACGGGACGGGUCUGGGAUCUACAGGAGGGUUCUUCUCCUGAAGAUAGAGUUCUAUGCAGACAUGUGGAAUCUUAAGAAGAGAUCGGAAGAUUGUGAUGAAGGUAUCAUUGUGCCCUGCUACCUAAGCUGCAUGGAGUACAUCCGUGAAUUUGGAAGGCUCGGGAAGGAGGAUCAGGCACCCGAUGCAGAGUUGGAGUUUGUGUUCCAGAAUCUUAUUGGAUGUGGAUUUGAGGCCACUGUUAGAGAGCUAGUUGAGAAGAAUGGCCUGGAAGGCCUGAAUCUUGAAUUCUUUACUGACGACACAAGUGCGCCUAGUGAGUUUGACAUUUGCUUCCAACUGAAGCAUACUGGAGACAAGCUUCAAAGAAGUGUGAAUUCAAAGAAGGAUCCACGUGUUCUGUUCAAUCCAGACGAGUGGCAGGUGCGACUUCUUGAUGUUGUCGACCAGAACAAGAGUGCAGUAAUAUCUGCACCGACAAGUGCUGGAAAGACGUUUAUCUGCUUCUACGCAAUUGAGAAGGUUCUGAAGGAGAGUGACACAGACGUGGUAAUCUUCUGCCUUCCUACCAAGGCCCUUGUCAAUCAGGUGUCUGCAGACAUCUAUGCCCGGUUUACUCCGAAAGUGAAUUCCAAGACCUUCUUACAAGGGAGCCUUAUGAAGGAGUUUUCAAUAGCACCUUGGAACUGCCAGGUGCUAAUAGUGAUUCCUUCUCUUCUGGAGUCUGUGCUGAACACACCCCCGAAGGGCUUUAUCGAAAGAGUCAGGUAUAUAAUUAUUGAUGAAGUGCAUAAGAUUAGCAGCGAGGAGAUGGGGAUUCCGAUUGAGAGGAUAAUUCAUCUGUCGCCAUGUCCUAUGCUGGUUCUUAGUGCAACGCUUGGAAACAUCGAGGGAUUUUAUGGAUGGAUGAAGAAGAUUGAGAAAGAAAAGGGAAGGGAAUGCGAGCUUGUUUCCUAUGAUGAGAGAUACUGCGAGCUGAAGCCUUAUGUCUACUCCCAUGGAUUUGAGCCCAAGAUGGUGGCGAUAAACAAUCUGUUUGCAUAUUCGUAUUCACAUAUCAAGAAGUUUGGGUUUGGAAAUGACAUGAGCUUCCUUCCCGAAGAGCUUCUCCAUCUAUAUGAUUCGAUAUGUGCUGUGCUUAGUAAGGAUCAAGAGCAUCUUAUAGACAGAAUAACGCCCGAAAACUUUUUCAAAAGUAACAUAGUGACGAAGAAAGAGGUUCGCGAGUAUGGAAAGUAUCUUCUUGAAACUUUUCAGGAGAUGAUUGAAGGAGACCUACUAAAUGAAAAGCAGGUGAAGUAUGUUUAUAAGUUACAGACAAAGGAAGCAAGAAAGGCUUUUGAGACUGUUGUGGACUAUAGCACCGAUUAUCUUCUUGAAAACAUUCUGGAUCUUCUUAUGGAGCUUAAGGAGCGGGGUAUGUUUCCAUGCAUUGUCUUUAACACAGACAGGGACUUUGCUAGUAAGCUUGCCCUGAAAGUAUACAGGCAGCUAGAGUCUCAGGAUAUGGAAAAGAAGAAGAACAAGCUAAUAGAAAAGAUGAAGAAGGAAGCAAAGAGGACCAGAGAUGUGGAGAAGACAAAGGAAAGCUGGAUUGAAGAGUCGAUUGCAGCAGAGAAGAGCUUCCAGAUGAGGAGUGAUAAGAAGAACAUCAAAUAUACCUUUCUUGAUCCUCUUACAAAGCUGACUGAUUACGAGAUCUCGGAAGAGACGAAGUUCAUAAAGAACACAGACUUUGAGUUUAUUGACAUGCUUUAUCGCGGAAUAGGGGUUCACCAUGCACAUCUGAAUAGGAAGUAUAGAUCUCUUGUUGAAAUCCUGUUCAGGCAGAAGCACCUGCAAGUUCUGUUUGCAACGGAGACUCUAGCUCUUGGAAUUAACAUGCCCUGCAGAACCGUUGUUUUUGCCGGGGACUCCUUGCAGCUGGACCCAAUGAAUUACAAGCAAAUGGCGGGGAGAGCUGGAAGAAGGGGUUUUGACACUCUAGGAAAUGUAGUGUUCAUGGGAAUACCAAAGCAACGGGUGCAGAACCUCAUGGUGUCUCUCCUGCCGAACAUAAAAGGUGUUUACACCUACACAAACACAAGCUUUGUCGGGUUUAAUAUGAAGGAUUCCCUUGUAAAGAAUCCUUUGCUCGAGAGUACUCUCUAUAGCAAUCAAGACGAGCUUGGAAGGUCUAUUGGAAAGCUUUCCAUAUCUGAGAACAGCUCAUCUUCUUACGACCUAAGUAACAUAUAUGAAUCCGAGGAAAAGAGAGCCGAGCUUGUAGACUACCAACUCAGACUCCUCAAUCCAUACUUCCUCCCAAGGUCUUAUCUUUGCGACCUUGUUAUAGGAAACAGGGACUCUGAUCCAGAGAUCCUGUCGUUUGCACUUCUUCUGGAGAGCAGAGUCCUUCCUCUGGACCCUACCACCCUUAUGAAUGCACUGGCACAUUUCUUUGAAACAAAGCCUCUUCUAUUUGAUAUGGGAUGCACGCUCCCUCCUUUGGACCCGGCUGUUUACGAGUUUUGCAAGAAAAUCAACAGUAUCUCCAAGGCUUGCGUCACCCGGCUAUACUCUCCAAUUCUGAAGUCUUUGCAGGAGAUGUCGGAUACACCCCUUCAUAUUAUCGACUCCUUUUUAAGUGUGAAGAAUCUCGACAAGGUAAAGAACUCAUAUCUAGUAGACUUCUUCCGCCACGGAAAUUGGAACCGAAUUGCAGAAGAGAACUGCAUUGGAACAGGAGAGCUUUUCAAGUCGCUGAAUGUAGUUAACAAUGUUAUUCUGUCUCUUAUAAAGCUGUACGACACCUAUGGUCUAUGUGACGAGGACAGAUCAAAGAUUGUGCGCUUCCAUUCUAUGUUCGAGCCCAAGUUCAAGGCCAUGUUCGCCUAG